AUGUCAGACUCUACGAAGGACUGCGUGAUCGAGGUUGGCGAGGUCGCCUCGCCUGCGGUUAACGAGAAGUCAACCCAGAAGAACAGUUUCAGCGCUUCUGCGACCGUCGGACAGACAUCGUCGUUCAUCUCAGAGUGGACGCCUUUCGGUCUGGUCGCCUCCUACUACAUCUUCUCGGUAUGCCUGUACAUGUACUGCAGCAACAGCUUGAUUGCCAUCUUCUGGUUCAUCUACAUGUGCACCAACUUCUACAUCGCCGGUACAACUGUUCUGGAAGCUUUCUUCAGCAUCACUCCCUGCCGUGAGGCAAGAGCCAUCGUCACACAGGCGCAGGAGAAGGAGUGGCUAUUCCCCACGCCACAUCACAAGCUACCAAUCAUCGAUCUCCUCAUCGUCGCCUACCUACCGAACGAGCAGGAUAUCAUCAUGGAUCGUGCUCUUUAUGCGCUUGAGCAGAUUGACUACCCUUCUGAGAGGAUACGCAUCAACAUUCUCUACAACACCCCCAAAGCAAUCGAACCAUUGGAGAGCGAGCUGAACCAACUUCCGUCUCGCUUUCCACACGCAAGGGUUAUCAAGGUGCCCAACUCCACUUCCAAGGCCGACAAUCUCAACUACUUCUUCACGCUGGACACUGGAUCGGACAUCAUCGCCAUCUACGAUUGCGACCAUUACCCUCAUCCGAACUCACCCAGAUGGGCUGCCGAACGGUUCGUUGCCGAGAAGGAUGUCGACAUCGUUCAGGGCCGCUGCAUUGUUUUCAACUCCGACGAUAGUUUCAUGACCAACAUGAUCGCAGUCGAGUUUGACAAGAUCUACGCCGUCUCUCAUCCUGGUCGCUCUACCAUGUGGGGUUUUGGCCUUUUCUGUGGUUCCAAUGGUUACUGGCGCACUUCGCUACUUCGCGAUUUGAAGAUGGACGACACAAUGCUUACCGAGGAUAUCGACUCCGCUCUCCGCGCCUUCUCCAAAGGUGCCAAGACUGUCCAUGAUCUUAACGUUACUUCGUACGAGCUGGCCCCAACAACGUUCGGUGCAUUCUGGAAGCAACGUCUGCGGUGGGCACAGGGUUGGGCUCAAGCGAGUAUGCGCCACAUGAAGAUGGUCUGGAACGGUGUCAAGGAUCCACUGCAUGAGGAGCACGCCAAACGAAGCUUCACUGCACGCUUCGGUGUACUCUCAUUACUACUCAUCCGCGAAUCCUCGUAUUACCUUGUCACUCAGUACACGUGCCUCGUCGCAUCAUUCGUUAUCGUUAAAUUCCCAACGACCGGGGACGAGCUGUGGAAGCUGGUCUAUUUCCAGUACCCUGUAUCACAGUGGCUUUUCAUUAUCAGUAUCAUCUGCUUGAUUGCUACACUUUGGAUCACCAAUCAGGUCAAGUCUGAGUACAUCUCCAGGAGAAUGAUCAUUCUCUUCUCGGUUCUGUACCCCUUCUACCUUAUUCUCAACGCCACGAUCGGUCUGUAUGGUCACGCUCGUCAGCUUGUCAACUACAGCUCCUGGAACCCAACAGCCAGGAAGUAA